CAUCCCUAAUCGAUCCCAGACCUCACCAAUCCUGUGAACCGGAACUAAGGUGCAGAUCAUCGGUGACCCUAAGCGGGUCGUUCCCUGAUCUUUCAGCCAUGGUCUUCGAGUCUUUGGUCAGCGACCUGCUAAACAGGUUCAUCGGGGACUAUGUGGAGAAUUUGGACAAGUCUCAGCUGAAGAUCGGUAUCUGGGGAGGAAAUGUGGUCCUGGAGAACCUGAAGGUCAGGGAAAAUGCUCUGAACGACCUGGAUGUUCCGUUCAAGGUGAAGGCUGGACAGAUUGGAAAACUCACCCUGAAGAUCCCCUGGAAGAACCUUUACAGUGACGCCGUCGUCGCCACGUUGGACGGGCUCUACCUGCUGGUGGUUCCUGGAGCAAAGAUAAAGUACGAUGCGGCGAAGGAGGAGCGGUACCAGCAGGAGACCAAGCAGAAGGAGCUCCAGCGGAUCGAGGAGGCGCUGCAGACAGCUGUGCGCAGAGAAAAACCUCAGGAGGAGAAAAAGGACACGUUCAUGGAGAAACUGGCAACUCAGGUGAUUAAAAACCUGCAGGUGAAGAUCAGCAGCAUCCACCUGCGCUACGAGGAUGAUCUGUCAGACCCCCAGCGGCCCAUCUCCAUGGGAAUAACGCUGUCAGAGAUCAGCCUUCAGACCACUGAUGAAAACUGGAAGUCAUGUUUCCUAAACGAAGCUGCAAAGAUCAUCUAUAAGCUCGGCCGCCUGGACUGUCUCUGCGCCUACUGGAAUGUCAACAGUCCGGUUUUCUACAAACAGUCAUGGCAGGAAGUUGUGGAUCAGUUGAAGUUUGGAAUCAGCACUAAGGACCAGGAGCUUCCUGACUAUCACUACAUUUUCAGGCCGAUCUUUGCAUCGGCUAAAAUGUGCAUCAACCCCAGCGCAGAGCUGGAAAUGAAGUCUCCGAAGGCAACACUUCACCUCGAGGUCCAGAACAUUGGCAUCGAGAUCACCAAACCACAGUACCUGACCAUGGUGGAGCUGCUGGAGUCCAUUGAUUGCAUGGUGAAAAACGCCCCCUACAGGAAAUUCAGACCCGAUGUCCCCGUCCACCGAAACGCUAAACUCUGGUGGAGGUAUGGCUUCAACAGCAUCAUGGAGGUCCACAUCCGCCGCUUCAAUCGCAUGUGGUCCUGGUCCAACAUCAGGCAACACCGGGAGAACCUGAAAGCCUACAAAACCGCCUACAAGACCAAGCUACUGAUCCAGAGCAAGCCAGGCCUGGACAACGAGCUCCACAUCCAGGAUCUGGAGAAAGUUCUGGAUGUGUUCAACAUUACCUUGGGUCGGCAGCAGGCCCAGAUGGAGGUGAUCCGAUCAGGACAGAAGGUGGGUGGGAAGAAGUCGGGUGGCCAGAAGACAGGGGGGGGCUUCUUCAGCGGCUGGUUUGGAAGGAAGAUGAAGAAGGAGGAGCAGGAGCAAGAGGAGAGCCAGGAAUUUGAGAGUUCAGGUCUGGACCAGAUUAUGACUCCUGAGGAGAAGGAGAAACUCUAUACAGCCAUUGGCUACAGCGGCAGCUCCCACAACCUGACUUUACCCCGACAGUACGUUGUCGUGGUCGUCACCUUCCAGCUGCUGAAAACUUCGGUGACGGUCAGAGAGCAUCACAAAGUCCCAGAGAUCCUGAAGGUCCAGAUGAUCAACCUCAGCACCAAAAUCUGUCAGAGACCUGGAGCCCAGGCUGUCAGGGUAGAGGCGGCGUUGGAGCACUGGUACGUCACUGGGCUGCAGCAGCAGGGCGCGGUGCCCUCGCUCAUCGCCUCGGUGGGGGAUUCGUCAUCGUCUCUGUUAAGUGUAGUCUUUGAGCUGAACCCGGAGGAGAGCAGCGCCGACCAGCUGCUCAGAGUCCAUUCUCAGCCCGUGGAGAUCAUCUAUGAUGCGGUGACGGUCAACAGUCUGGUGGACUUCUUUAAGACGGGGAAAGGUGUGGACCUUGAGGUCCUGACCUCGGCAACACUGUCAAAACUGGAGGAGAUCAAAGAGAAAACUGCUACAGGUUUGUCUCACAUCAUUGAGACCAGAAAAGUCCUGGACCUGGUGAUUGACCUGAAACCGUCCUACCUGCUGGUCCCAAAGUCGGGUUUCUACAGUAACACAUCGGAACUUAUAAUCGUGGACUUUGGCAGCUUCCGGCUGCAUAGUGUUGAGCAGAGUGGCCUCGGUUCAUCUUCUACAUCCUUUUCAUCCCUGGAUGAGAUCAUGGACAGAGCCUAUGACAGAUACAACGUGGAGCUGAGGAGUGUCCAGGUUCUGUACACCAAGUCAGGUGAGGCCUGGAAGUCUGCUCGGGUGCAGGCUGCAUCCGUUCAACAUAUCCUCCAACCCAUGGACUUCACCCUUCACCUGGCCAAGUGUAUGGUGGAGAAGGAUGCCAGGAUGCCCAGGUUCAAGGUGUCUGGUGAACUUCCCCUGCUGUACGUUAAAAUCUCCGACCAGAAAAUCCAGAAUGUUCUGGAACUGUUUGACAGCAUUCCUCUGCCCAUGAUGGACACCACCCCACCGCCCCCCACAGAGAAGGUUUUGUUGCUGGCUGAUGCCGGUCGGCCGAUACCCAGCAUCCAUCCUGGUCUCCUUGAUGCCCUGGAAACAGAUUCAGAAGAUGACACCAGCGAACCGUCUACAGAUGAGGACCAUCAGCUCUCAGCUUUGGAGGAACUCACCAACGUUCAGCUGAAGUUUGAAGUCGGAGAGGUGCUGCUGGAGUUGACCCGACAGGAAGACCAGGAGAAGACUGUUUUGGUCUUCAGCAUCUUCCAGCUGGGGGCAGAAGGAAAGACCCGAAGCUAUGACAUGAGCGUCACCUCCUACCUCAGAGGAAUCAGACUAGACUACUGUGAUGGACCAGGUGGCACGACUCAUCCUCUUCAUCUGAUCAGCUCCUCAGAGCAGCAAGACGCCAACCUGCUGAAGGUGGAGUUCAUCAAGGCCGACCCGAGUGGUCAGAGCUUUGAGACCCAGUUCAGCAACACAGAGCAGACCCUGAAGGUGGAGUUUUCCUCUCUGGACUUCCUCCUUCACACCAACGCUCUGCUGUCGACCAUUAACUUCUUGAACACCGCCAUGCCGCCUCGGCUCAGCGCCACGCGGAGCCAAGAGGCCAAACAGUGCGUGGAAUUGACUGGACGGAGCCGGACAGCCUCUAAAGAUGAGAAGGACAGCGGCGUCUUCAGCUUCAGACUGUUCGCAGUGUUGGACUGUUUCCACGUUAAGGUGUGCGACAACCACCGCAACAUUGCCAACAUCAGAGUUCAAGGAAUCAAUGCUUCAGUGUCGGUACAGGCGAAACAGACGGAGGUGUUUGCUCGACUCAGAGAUGUUGUGGUGACCGACACCAUGGCUACCCUCCACAGGAAGGCUGUCUCCAUCAUGAGUGAGGAAGUGUUCAGUUUCAGUCUCUCCUUGUUUCCGGGGGCAACGAAGGAACAGGGAUACAGCGACAUGACGAAGGUUGACGGGAAGUUGAAGCUGCGACUCGGAUGCAUAAAGAUCGUCUACAUGCAUAAGUUCCUCAUGUCCCUGCUGACAUUUGUCGACAACUUCCAGACGGCUAAAGAAGCUCUGAGCGCCGCCACGGCUCAGGCGGCAGAAAAGGCGGCGUCCAGCGUCAGAAACUUCGCCCAGAGGAGUUUCCGUCUGGCCAUGGACAUCAAGCUGAAGGCUCCCCUCAUCAUCAUCCCUCAGUCCUCCACCUCCCACAAUGCAGUGGUGGUCGAUUUGGGUCUCAUCACAGUGGAAAACGGCUUCUCGCUGAUGUCGGCUGAAGGGUUCCUGCUACCAGCUGUGGUGGAGAAGAUGGACGUAAAGCUGACACAGCUGAAGCUGUCCAGGAUCAUGCUGAAAGAGUCCUCGGAGCCAGAUGUCCAGAUCCUUCAGCCAAUCAACUUAAAGCUGUUCAUAACCAGAAACCUGGCUGCUUCCUGGUUUUCCAAGAUCCCCGGGGUCCAGGUCCAGGGAGUCCUCCGGUCCCUCACUAUGAGUCUGGGUGAGGAAGACCUCGGUGUGCUGAUGAAGAUUGUACUGGAGAAUAUCGGUGAAGAACCUAGAGUGGACAUGAGAAGUCAGGUGACCAAAGAGAGGGCGGAGCUUGCUGAGCAGCUGGAGGCGGAGCCAGCACAAUCAGAAUCUGACAGUGUGCCGGCCGGCCUCAGCAGAGACCUCGAUGAAAACAUCGUAAAUAUUCUGCUUGAGUUUGAAGUCAAAGAGGUGGUGCUGACCGUGAAGAAGUCCAGGGAUGAGACAGAGUCGCCGUUCCUGCUCUUCCAGGUUGCUCACCUGGGCAUCAACACUGAAGUCAGGAAGUAUGACAUGUUCGCCACCACGUAUGUUAACAAGGUGUCCUUGAAGUGUCCAGAGUUCAAAGACUCUAAUGGACAGCCGCUGUGUCUCGUCCACUCUUCAGCAGAUUCUGGAGCCGAGCUGCUUAAAGUCCAGUACUGCAGGGCUGACCGCAGGAGCCCAGCCUUCUCCACCAUGUUCAGGAACACGGAGCAGACCAUGAAUGUAACCUUCACCUCCCUGGAUGUCAUGCUCCACACUGAGGCUCUUCUGUCAACCAUUAGCUUCCUGUCCACAGCACUGUCCUUUGGCAAUGUGCCGUCUCCAGAGUCCAGCAUCCAUCCAAAGAUGGAGGACAAGACUGUUUCUCCCAGAUCUAGUUGGCUCCAGAACCGGUUAGCCACACAUGAAACCUCCAUCUGGGUCCAAACUCCUGAUUGUUCCUCCACAGCUGCACUGGUUUCACCCGCAGACUGUGAUGUCAUCGACCUGAAAGUGAUGAUGACACUUGGAGCCUUCAACGUUCUGGUGUGUGACCAGUCCUCCAAUAUGGCCGACAUCAAAGUUCGAGGUUUCACCGGCUCUUUGCUGAUGAAUGGACCCCAGACCCACAUAUCCGGCCGCCUACGAGAUAUUGUUGUCCUGAAUGUUGAUCCCAAAAGCUUUCACCAGAAGGCCAUUUCCAUCGUGGGAGACGAGGUGUUCAGUUUCGCCAUGAGUCUGACUCCCAACGCCACAGAGGGUGUCAGCUAUGUGGACACGUCCAGAACCGAUGGCAGAGUAAAGCUGAAUGUAGGCUGCAUCCGAGUGGUUUACCUGCACAAGUUUGCCAUGUCUCUUCUGAAUUUCACCAACAACUUCCAGACGGCUAAAGAAGCUCUGAGCGCCGCCACGGCUCAGGCGGCAGAAAAGGCGGCGUCCAGAGUCAGAAACUUCGCCCAGAGGAGUUUCCGUCUGGCCAUGGACAUCAGGCUGAAGGCUCCCCUCAUCAUCAUCCCUCAGUCCUCCACCUCCCAUGAUGCACUUGUGAUGGACCUAGGUCUGAUCACAGUGGCAAACAGCUUCUCCCUGCUGCCGGUCGAAGGGCGUCCACUGCCUGCGGUCUUCGACAACAUGGCUGUACAGCUGACGGAACUAAAGCUGUCCAGGACUACUUUGGACCCAGACUCGGACCGAGCCAACAUUGAGCUCUUGGAACCAGUCAACCUGCACCUCGAUAUUAAGAGGAACCUGUCGACUUCCUGGUACAAGAAGACAGUUGCUGUGGAGAUCAAUGGAGACCUGAAACCAAUGAAGCUGGAGCUCAGUCAAGAUGACCUCAGCAUUCUGCUCAGGAUCCUGAUGGAUAAUCUGGGUGAAGCUGGCGGUCCAGAUCCCCUGGCACCUAGACAAGAGGUCGGCCUACAAGUCAAAGUGGUCCAACGUCCCCCAACAGGUAAAUCUGACAUACCAUCUGAGAGCCAUGAUGAAGAGGAGGAUGAUGCUCUGGAGACCUUGAAGUUCAACUUUAGCAUUGACUCUCUGGGGCUGGUUCUGUACCACAAUGACCCCAAACAGUUGGACCUCCAGCACCAGCAGAAACUCAGACUCGGAGAGUUUGCCCUUCACCUGCUUAAAGCUUCGGGAAAGAUUCUGAACAACGGCAGCAUGGAGGUGAACAUGGUUCUGACCGCCUGCACUCUGGAUGACCUAAGGACCGGCAUGGACAGGGUGACGUCACGAAUGGUCAGGUGUAAAGAAGACAGCUCAGAGGCCAUGAUUGACGUGACAUACCGGCAGGAUGCUGCAGAACAGGAAGUGGUGGCUGUUCUGCAGAAACUUUAUGUCUGUGCAAGCAUGGAGUUUCUGAUGGCCGUCGCAGAUUUCUUCCUGCAGGCGCUGCCGCAGAGUUCCUCUCCGGUCACGUCCACGGCACCGAGUGGCAGACUGCCACUGAGACCAACCGCAGAACUGCGAGCUGAUGUCAAGACUGCCUCCAGGGUGAGGACUCGUCUGCGGGUAGUGAUCCUGGACCCGGAGGUGGUGUUUGUUGCCAGCCUGAUGAAGGCCGACGCCCCCGCCCUCGUGGCUUUGUUUCAGUGUGACUUCACUUUGCUGACAGAGGAGGAUGCUUCCCAGAACAUGAGAGCCAACGUGAGGGAGCUAAAAGUGCUCGCCUGCACCUUCAUCCGAAAGGAGCAGGACAAGACCCUCACCACCGUGCUCAAACCCUGCUCUGUUGCCUUGGAAACCAGAACACACCCCCACCAACCCCUCAGAGGCUGUGUGACGGUAGAGGAGGUCAUUGUGAAGAUCUCUCCAGUCAUCCUCAACACGGUGAUGACCAUAACGGCAGCCAUGAUGGCGAAACCACAAGAUGAGAAGAUUCAGGAGCCGAAGCCUAACGUUGGUGACCUGUGGUCAGUCAUGAACAUCUACAGCUCUAACUUCUGGUUUCUCGGGGUGGACCAGGCCACCGAGAUGACAGAGAGCUUCAGAGAGCCAGAUGGACGGAACGAAGGCGAGAGUUUCACAGCUGAAGUGAAGGUGGUCCAAGUAACUCUGGAGUCUGGUUUGGGUCAUCGGACUGUUCCUCUUCUGCUUGCUGAGUCCUCCCUCAAUGGACUGGCCAAAAACUGGUCUUCUCUGCUCCAGCUGAAGGCCGACAUAACGUUGGAGGUGCACUACUUUAACGAGACCCAUGGGGUGUGGGAACCUCUGAUCGAACGAAUCGAUGGUGGCCAGCGCAGGUGGAACCUGGAGCUUGAGAUCAAGAACAAUCCGGUUCUGGACAAGAGUCCGGUUCAUGGGGAUGACUUCAUAAUCCUUCCCGAACCUUGUACAGCCAUCAGUAUCUGCUCCAAAGACACCAUGAACAUCACUGUCUCCAAGAGCAGCCUGAAUGUCUUCAACAACCUUGCCAAGGUGUUCUCAGAUGGCACCGCCUCCACCUUUAAUUAUACUUUGAAGGAGAAGGCUCCCUUCACCAUCAGAAACUCUCUGGGGAUUCCUCUAAUCGUGCAGCACAGUGCCAAUUUGCGGCCAGUUGGAUCUCCAGCACACGGAAAACUCCACGAGCUGUCAGUAGAUCAGAGUAUGGACCUGGAUCACGCCAUGUUCAACGCAUCGUCCAGAGGAAAGCUUUCAGCUCUGCAGCGUCAGGGGAGCUGCCUCUUCCACAUCACCAUUGUUCCAACAGGAUACAGUGAGAUCUCCAAUGUGGCCAUGGACCGGCCCGGCCGGCGUCUUUACAACAUCCGUAGUCCGAUGCUGCGGGAAGCGGUUUCUGUGUUGCUGCAGAUCGAUGCUGCCGAAGGCAACAAGGUCAUCACGGUCCGCUCGCCUCUGCAGAUAAAAAAUCAUUUCUCGGUGCCGUUCACCAUCCUGAAGUACUGUCCAGAGUCCAGAAGUCUGCAGAACAUUGGAGAGUCCCAACCUGAGAAAGAGUUUCAUGUUGACUUAGAAACAUACAGAUGUCAGCUGUUUGUACGUCCAGCCGGCCAGCUGGACAGUCAGUACGGUCCGUCCUCCACCUGCAUGUCCUGGAAGGAGCAGGUGCACCUCAGCUCAGAGGUCCGUUCGGUUCUGCAGUGUCCUGCGUUGGACUCUGCCAUGCUGCCGCUGAUGGUCAGCACACUCGCUGUCCCCGACGCCCUGCAGCACAUCACCAGCCACGGUGAGCAGGACUGGGACCCAGCCUACGUCAUCCAUCUCCACCCUGUGGCCACGCUGCGCAACCUGCUGCCCUAUGUGGUCCACUACAUGAUGGAGAGCUCAGCGGACUUCUAUGAGCUUCAGGAAGGCAGCACAUCGGACCUGCUGAACGCUCGUGCCUCAGGUGAGAUCAUGUCAUUGGUUCUGAUGAGGUAUCAGGGUCGCGACUGGCAUGGACACGUUCAGAUCAACCAGAACAUGCCAGAGUUCUUCGCUCUGUGUCUCACCUGUGACUCGGACACAAAAAUGACUGUAGACGUAAGCGUCCACGUCACAAAGACGGCAGGGUGCCUGCAGCUGUCACUCUUCAGCCCGUAUUGGAUCAUCAACAAAACAUCCCGAGUUCUGCAGUACCGGUCCGAGGACAUCAGCAUGAAACACCCGGCUGAGUACAGGGAUGUCAUCCUCUUCUCCUUCAAAAAGAAGAACCUGUUCAGCAAGAGCAAGCUCCAGCUCAGCAUCUCUACCAGCUCCUGGUCUGAUGGCUUCUCUCUGGACACAGUUGGAAAUUAUGGCUGCGUCCGCUGUCCCGCUAACAGCAUGGACUUCCUGGUGGGCGUCAGUAUUCAGAUGAGCAGCUUCAACCUGACCAGGAUCGUCACCAUGAGUCCUUUUUACACUCUGGUUAACAAGUCAUCUUUUGAGCUGGAAGUGGGAGAAAUCACGACCCAGACCUCCAUUAGGUGGCACUACAUUUCCUCCACUGAGUGCCUCCCGCUCUGGCCCGAGAACAACUCUGGAAAGUUGUGUGUCCGAGUGGUCGGAUCCGAAUCCACCUCCAAGUCCUUCUUUUUCCAUCGUCAAGACAGUGGGACCCUCCUAAGCCUGGACAUGUGUGGUGGGAUCAUUGUGGACGUCAACAUCUCGGAUCACUCCACCAUCAUCAGCUUCAGCGAAUAUUACGAAGGAGCAGCUCCAGCUCUGCUGCUCAACCACACGCCCUGGGUCACCAUCAGCUACCGGCAGAGUGGGUCAGCAGUGGUCCACGAGCUGAAACCUGGCGAGGCUAAACGGUUUGUGUGGGACGACCCAGCAGGACCUCGAAUGCUCAUCUGGAGCUACAUGGAGAAUUCAGGAGAACUGGACCUGCUGAAGGAUGAUGUGGGUCAGUUCUCCUAUGACAAACAAGUCCCUAUGGUCCACUGGGUGUCCUUCCUGGAUGGGCGGCAGCGAGUGUUGCUCUUUACCGAGGACACUGGAGUGGUGACAAAGGCUCGUCAGGCCGAGGAACUCGGAGCAGUUCAACAAGAAGUGAAGCUGUCACUACAAAACCUCGGACUGUCGCUCGUCAACAACAGUAGCCGGCAGGAGGUUGCUUACAUUGGCAUCACCAGCUCAGGUGUGGUCUGGGAAAUGAAGCCAAAGAACCGCUGGAAGCCGUUCAGUCAGAAAAACAUCAACCUGCUGGAGAGCGAUUACCUGAAUUCAGCUGAGUGGGAAAGACAGAAGACGGCUUGGAUCAACCUGGACAGCAACCUGGAGGUGAACCUCAACACAACCAUUAUGAUGAUGCGUCCAGCCUGUUUCCUGCCAGUGAGAAGGGAACUUCCUGUCUGGAUCCAGGUGGAGUUUAAGCAGUCGAAGCACCAGCGUAGCCUGAGAGCCCAGCUUUACUGGCUGCAGAUUGACAACCAGCUGCCCGGUGCCAUUUUUCCCAUCGUUUUUCAUCCAGUGCCUCCUCCGAAGUCCAUCGCUCUGGAUUCAGAGCCAAAGCCCUUCAUUGACAUGUCAGUCAUUACCAGGUUCAAUGAACACAGCAAUGUCUUGCAGUUCAAAUAUUUCAUGGCUCUGGUUCAGGAGAUGGCGGUGAAGAUUGAUCAGAGUUUCCUUGGUGCCAUCUUGGCUCUGUUUACAACAUCUGCUGACUUUCCGGCUGACGGACAGAAGUCUGGGUUGAUAGAUGGAGAUCUACAGCUGCUGCAGGCCGAGUUGAUGGAGGCAUCAUCUGACACAUCAGGACUCAGUUUCUUUGAACAUUUCCACAUUUCACCCAUCAAGCUCCACCUCAGUCUGUCUCUGGGCUCCAGCGACGAUGAAUCUGCUCAAGAGACUGCUGCUGUUCAGUCUAUUAACCUUCUGCUGAAAAGUAUCGGAGCCACGCUGACUGAUGUUGACGAUGUUGUCUUCAAACUGGCCUUCUUUGAGGUUAAGUACCAGUUUUACCGCAGAGAGAAGCUGAUGUGGGCUGUGGUUCGACACUACACAGAACAGUUUCUCAAGCAGAUGUAUGUUGUGGUUCUGGGUCUGGAUGUCCUUGGAAAUCCAUUCGGACUGAUCCGAGGUUUGUCUGAGGGAGUGGAGGCAUUCUUCUAUGAGCCAUUCCAGGGAGCUGUUCAGGGUCCAGAAGAGUUUGCUGAAGGUUUCGUGAUUGGUGUCCGCAGCUUGUUGGGCCACACUGUUGGUGGGGCUGCAGGAAUGGUGUCCAAAAUCACAGGUUCAGUGGGUAAAGGCCUGGCAGCUAUCACUAUGGAUAAAGAGUACCAGCAGAAAAGACGAGAGGAGAUGAAUCGAGCGCCGAAAGACUUUGGAGAGAGUCUGGCCAAAGGAGGAAAAGGACUGCUGAAGGGCGUCGUUGGCGGGGUUACCGGCAUCGUCACCAAACCUGUGGAAGGCGCAAAGAAAGAGGGGGCAGCAGGUUUCUUUAAGGGGAUUGGAAAGGGUCUGGUGGGUGUGGUUGCCCGGCCGACAGGCGGCAUCGUGGACAUGGCCAGCAGCACCUUCCAGGGCAUCCAGAGAGUGGCAGAAUCGACAGAGGAAGUGACCAAACUCCGCCCAGUGCGUCUGAUCCAGGAGGAUGGGAUCAUCCGCCCGUAUAACCUGAUGGAAUCUCAGGGUUUCAACCUUUUCCAGUCCUCAGGGAUCAAACAGCUGGAAGGUGAAGUGUUCAGAGAUCACCUUCAGUAUCCCGGUCACAGAAAGACCAACAUCAUCGUCACCAACAGGCGGGUCAUGUGUGUGAAGGAGAUCGACUUUGUGGGUCAUUUCAACAAAGAGUGGGAAUGUUUGUUUGAGAACUUCUGCCGUCCUCCAGCAGUGACCGGAUCAGAGCUGAAGAUUUAUUGCAAGGACCAUCAGAAGUUAAAACUUCCAAAUAAAGACAGUCAGGAGUCUGUGAGGACGCUCCAACUCAGAGACACAAAUGUUGCCCAGAAACUUCAUGCAGCCAUUUAUGAUGCCCAGGUGGCACAGCGGCAGCACCAUAUGGUUCGACAGAAGUCACAGCGUUUUCUGCAAACCAACAAGAAACUCUGAGGUCACUUCCUGUUUCAGCUGUUCCUGGAUCUGAAGUAUCAACACCUGCCCAGCUGGAUCCGUCCAAUCAGACUCAGGGAUGUUUAACAUAGUAUCACCACCCCUGACAGGGUUAGCAUGUUAACACUGCUAGCACACUAUGACCGUGUUGUUUGUUGUAAGGUUAAGGUUUAUUUUCAGUUGUUUCUUUCAGACAAAACAAAAA